GCAGCCGGAGGUUUAGGUGAAUCGGAAUCGGACAUCGGAUUAUACGAGUGACUCAGCUGAUAAGUCAAGUGAAUACUAGUGGACACGGUGAUUGUGUACAGAGGGGACAGCCGGGGUAAAGGACGCAAGACUCACCUUACCACUUCCAUCACCGCGACAUUCUACUCCAGUCUAGUCAGCAGCGAGCCAGAGAGUGUACGAACCGCACCUGUGUUGAACUCACGCUGCCAUCGCAUUACAAAAUUAUAUAUAUAUAUACACACACACUCACACAAAAUACAGAGGAGAAAAAACAAACGCCACAGCCGCAACGAGUGCCUUGCCAUGUUAGAUUAGUUCGGUCGUCCGAGUGGUCGUCGUGUUAUCGGGAUUGUCCUGGUGCUACGCAGUGCUAAGCGAUGUCCAGUGAAAAGGAGAAGAAGCAGAGGCUGUGCCACAUAAAAAAGUGGGACCACUUCGACGGUUACGGGUUCAACCUGCACGCCGAGAAGGGCAAGCCCGGCCAGUACAUAGGCAAGGUGGACGAAGGUUCGCCGGCCGAGGCGGCCGGCCUGCGCCAGGGCGACCGCAUAUUGGAGGUGAAUGGCGAGAGCAUCGCCAACAAGACGCACAAACAGGUGGUCGAACUCAUCAAGGCGCAGAGCGGCGAGACCAAGCUGCUAGUCGUCGAUCCCGACGACACCAUCAUACCCACCGAGCCCGUCAAGAAUGCGGAGAACGAGAAACGGAACGACGUGUCGAACAAGAAGGAGCACGAGAACGGCACCCUAAACCUGAACAUGACGGCGGCCGAGCUGAGGGCGCAGCUGGCGGCCAAGAAGAAGUUCGACCCGAAAAAGGAGGCGAUGGACUUCAAGCAGAAGUUCGACAUUGUGCAGAAACUUUAACUUGAUGAUGGUCGAGUUUUCGCUCCACUUUUUCAUGUGCAGUGAACACACACACACACACGGACAUUUGUUUGAAAAAGACGUUUUGCUACAGUGUUACAAUUACAGAAUAGUGACCUUGCUAAAAUCACAUUGAAAUGGAUAUUAUACAAUAUACAGGUGUUCUAUAAAUAAUUAGUUCACAAAUCAUCCGGAAAGUUUUCUCUAAUCCCCUUACUUCCGUCCAGUUCCUACAAGUGACAAGCAAUCUCCCACACCAAUUAUCUGAUCUUCCCCAAAAGGAACCUGUAAUUUACACGCAAAAACGCUGAAACGCGUUUUUUUAUCUAAUCAUAAAUAAUAUUUAUUUUUGAUAGGGUUCGAUUAGUUAUUAUCAAUCAAUCUGUUGUUGUAUUUUUGACUUUACAAAGUUGUUACAAUCUAAAAGAUUAAUAUUCAUUUAGAAAUUACUUUUAGUUCAAUUACGAGAUUACGACUUAUUACUUUUUUUUUUUUGUUUUAAAAUGGUCUUCAGGCCUUAUAUUUUUGUAAGAUAUGUUAUAUACCUUUCUGUAUAAAAAUAAAAAUUGAUAAUGUUUUAA